AUAAUAAACAUGAUGAAUAAGAAGGAAAAUUAUUCAGGUGACAAAUUUAUACCACAAUAAAUAAUGAUAAGAUGGUAAAUAAUCAUAUCAUCCCUACCACAUGUGAAAUACCAUACGCAGUAAUUAUACGACUAAUAAGUUCCAAAUCUAACUACUGUAAAUAUGAAUCAUAAAAAUUCUUGAAAACAAAAGUAAAAUAAAUACAAAAAAAUUGCAGUAAAAUCAGAAAACUCAACACAUCAAGGCGGCGGCAGCAAAAAGAGCGGCGCCGACAGAUCCGAUGAGGGCAACUCUGUUCACGGCGGAGCCGCUGGUAGCAGAGUCAGGGGCGCCAAUGGGAGCUCCAAUCGGAGUCUGCGUGCUGGAGACAGGGGAAGUUGCCGGUGCAGUGGGAGCCGGCGGGGAGGUCACUGGCGAAUCAGAAGCGGGCAACGGAGGGCUAGAUGUCGGAGACGCAACUGGCGAACCGGAAGAAGCAGUGGGGGACGAAUCCGGCGGCGAGACUGGGAGAGUGGGAGCCGCAACAGGUGAGAUGGUAGAGGCGGCGGGGGUCGAAGCCGGCGGCGAGACCGCUAGAGUCGGAGCCGCAACAGGCGAAUUGGUGGCGACGGGGGUUGAAGCGGACGGGGAGACAGUCGGAGCCGCAACAGGCGAACUGGUGGCGACGGGGGUGGAAGCGGACGGCGAGACCGCGAGAGCGGGACCGGGGACCGAAACAGGGGAGGCCGCGGGGGUUGUUGAAGCCGACGGGGAACCAGAUGGGGCGAAUGUUGGAGCCAAAACAGGUGAGUUUGUGGAGGCAGCGGGGGUAAAAGCCGCCGGAGAAGCUAAUGGUGAGGCUGAAGGGGCGAGAGUUGGAGCCGCCACCACAGCUGCCGGGACUCCGACCGACACCGGAGCGGCUAAAGGAGACUGAGCCAUGAUAGAUCUGAGCAGCAAGGAGAAGAGGAGAGCCGUAAUCAUUGUAAAUUGAGCCAUAUAUAUCUAUCCCAGCAAACAAAUAUACAGAUUCAAAUUGAAAAUCAAAACUGGAUCUGGGG